AAGUGCGGUAUUUGGGCAACAGAUGGCGCCACAGUUAUCUAGUGACGUUCUUCGGUCAGGACUGAAUGCUGUCUGAUGUUGACGGAAGAACGGAACAAGCCACACAUUUUAAUCAUGGCGACCGGCAGAGAUAGUGCGGUUAAGCGAAAGUUGUUUAUUUAAGGCUCGUUUUCACGAUGAUAGAUUAUGCGAUAGUUGCUGUCAUGAGAGACACUAUCGCAUAAACUAUCACCAUGUAAAUACCCCGAUAGUUACUAUCAUGCUGUCGCGACAGUGCUCUCGGACUAUCUCGCUUGAUGAGAUAGUUGCAAGUACUUUCGUGAUAAGUUGUUGUUUUUUGAAGAGGUGCACAAUUUUGUGUAUUAAAAUUCGGUAAAAAAAUGAGCAGCCAGCGAUUUGACACGAUAAAAUUUUUGGAAGAAUAUGAAAGGUUUCCAUGUUUAUGGAAAAAAAGUUCCCCCGAUUUCAAAAACAGAGUCAAGAGGGAUCAUGCAGAAGAACUUCUGCUACCCAUAUCAGGACUCUCUACAAUAAAAGAACUCAGGCAGAAAAUAAGGAGCAUUAGAUGCACGUAUAAUCAAGAAGUUGCUAAAAUAAGGAAAUCCAUGGGAACUGGAUCGGGCACCGAUACUGUGUAUAAACCAAAACUCUCAUGGUUUCACGUAGCUGACAGUUUUUUGAGACAAAAUUUGGGAGAAAAUGAGUCACAAUCUAAUUUGAUGUUGCCAGAACAAAUUUCAGAAGAAAUCCAGGGAAAUGCACCCUCAAUAGUAAAUGAAGACUCGACACAAGAGACAUGGGAGUGUGAAAAAAACCCUUUUACAAAUUCAAGAGAGGCACAAUCAUGUUUUAAAAAGCUUAAUGCACAGCCGAUAACGCCAAAUCAAUCUUCACAAGAGCCUAGUAGAGAUUAUGAAGAAACCCCCUCUGUUAAUUCGGCGAGAAAAACAAAGACUCGGAAAAGACUCGCGAACAAUGGAAAAAGUAAGGAGGAUGAAUCGUUGGACCAGGCUGUUAAAGCUUUAAAAGAAGUAGCAUCUGUUGCCUCCAAUGAAUUUGAUGCAUUCGGACAACAUGUUUCUUCCCAACUUAAGUGCCUUCCAUUACAAGAAGCACUACUACUUCAGGAGGAUAUCCAGAAAUCUAUAACAACUGUUCGCCUGCGUUGUUUAAGAAAUCAAAAUGUAAUCAACACUUCAUUCGACAAGGAAACACGGACCACUACUUCUUCAUCAGAAAUGUAUCGACAAGACGAUACAUCAGAACUAUCAAGUUAUUCAGGGGAAAAUAAACGAUAUCAUUAUCAGCAGGUUCCAAAUGAAGUGCAAAAUCAAAAUGGCAAUAAUCCUUUAUUUUCCCAUGAAGCACAGGAGACUAUUUGCUCAGAAAGUUAUUUACAAGGCAAUACAGACUCCUCAACUUCUUCAGGGGUAAAUGAACAAUAUCAAUUUCGGCAUCAGGGUCAGAUGCAAUUAACAAAUUAUUUCAAGAAUUGGGCGGAAAGUGAUGACGCCGGUGUUGAUUUCAAUUAAAAUAGAUACUUACUUAAAACUUAGAAUAUUCUGUUGAUUUUGUUUGAACAUUUUUUGUAUUUUUUUUUGUUUGAGAUUGGAAUUUUGUAAAUAAAGUUACUGUUUACCUACCAUA